AUGGGUCAAAACUAUGAAUUCAGCAUUUUCCAACAAAUCUUCCAUCAUGGGGUCCGUGUCCGCUUUGAUCCAGAGUUUUUGAAGAAAGAGGAGGAGCGUAAGGAAGAAAAGAAGAAGCUUUUGAAGAUGGCAGACAACCGAAAGAAAGAGCUAUGCCGCCAGUUGUUUGAUCGUUUGACAGAUACCAGCAACCGAGCAGAUCUCGCCCUUCAGGAUCAAUUUGGUUGGGUUGAUGGACCAGAUGAACAUUCCGGCAAAUAA